AUGACCGUCAACGGCCCUCAGCAAAGAAAGACCGCUUCCCCUGCGGCUCAGGGUGUUCCCUACUACACCCCGGCCCAGACUCCUCCCGCCGGCACCGCUCUCAAGACCAGCGAGGGCGAUGUUCCCACCCUCUUCACCCCUCUCAAGAUCCGUGGUGUUGAGCUCCAGAACCGUUUCGCCGUUGCGCCCAUGUGCACCUACUCCGCCGAUGACGGCCACAUGAACGACUGGCACCUCGUGCACCUCGGCGCCUUCGCCCAGCGCGGCGUCCCGCUCACCAUCUUCGAGGCCACCGCCGUUCUCCCCAAUGGCCGCAUCUCGCCCGAGGACUCCGGGCCAAAGGCCGGCAUCCAGCUCGCCCACGCCGGCCGCAAGGCCAGCACCAAGGCCCCCUGGCACCUGCAGCGCGGCAAGGCCGAGAUUUGCGGGCCCGAGGAGGGCGGCUGGCCCGAGAACGUCUGGGGUCCCAGCGCCAUUAGCUACAACGACCAGACCUACCCUGACCCCAAGGAGAUGACCGUCGCUCAGAUCCAGGAGCUCGUCGAGGCGUGGAAGGCCGCGGCCAUCCGUGCCGUCAAGGCCGGCUUCGACGUGAUUGAGAUCCACGGCGCUCACGGCUACCUCAUCUCCGAGUUCCUUUCCCCCAUCUCCAACCAGCGCACCGACAACUACGGCGGCUCCUUCGAGAACCGCACCCGCGUUCUCGUCGAGAUCACCAAGGCCAUCCGCUCCGUCAUCCCCGAGACCAUGCCCCUCUUCCUCCGCGUCUCCGCCACCGAGUGGAUGGAGUACACCGGCCAGCCCAGCUGGGAUCUCCCGCAGACCAUCGAGCUCGCCAAGCUCCUCCCCGGUCUCGGCAUCGAUUUGCUCGACGUUUCUUCCGGCGGCAACAACAAGGACCAGAAGAUCGACAUCCACACUUACUACCAGAUCGACCUGGCCGAGCAGAUCCGCGCGGCCGUGCAGGAGGCCGGCAAGGAGCUACUGAUUGGCGCCGUCGGCAUGGUCACCACCGCUGAGAUCGCCAAGGAGGCUGUUCAGGAGAAGAAGGACGGCAAGGUCCCCGUGCAGGGCUCGAACGGCUCUAGAACGAGGGCCGAUAUGGUUCUUGUUGCUAGGCAGUUCCUCAGGGAGCCCGAGUUUGUGCUCACUGUUGCGGAUGAUCUUGGUCUUGAUGUCAAGGGUCCUCUGCAGUACCUCCGUGCGCCGGUGAGCCAGAGACCCAAGAAGUUGACUACUGUCCCCUGA